GUAAGGGAGCUAAUGGAUGUUUUGCGCCUAGAAAAAUCUCUGUGACUGUGAUUAUUGGGUUCACUAGGUAACAAGAUGCUCCUCCCUUGAAAUUACAGCUAGAAAAAGUAAGAAAAUUGUUUGGACUAAAUAUAUAGCCACUUCUUUAUGGCAAAAAGAUUUGAAAUUUAAACAAACAUAAAAUUUAGGCAGGAGGGACAAGUCCAUGCCUAUACCCAUGAACAGGACAUAAAUAAAAAUAGUUGGUAGUUGUUGGGUCAGCCUAAACAGGCAUGCCCAGGGAAGCAUGCCCAGUGAAUUUAUUUAAUUUUAUGUGUAAUUAAAAUCCUAUAUAUAUUCUUGAACUUCCAACAACUCUUUUAUACAGAGGAAAAAUGGGCUUCUAAACAAAGCCUCUUUUCUAGAAGUGUCCUCGCUGGAAGAGAGGCAGAAAAAGUGUUAGAGGAGAAAUAGAAGUCCCUGCCUGCAAGGCUCCAGGCAUUGCUGCUGGGUUCAGCCUGCUCUUAUUCUGAAGAGAAGUCUUACUUCCUUGUUUUCUAAUAUGAAACUCUUGGCUGCUCUCUCUGUUGUGCAUUCCAUCUACAUUAUUCACAUUGGAAUUCAGAAGAACCAAGAGUAAAGCUGGAGACCUCCCCCAGGACAUCUGGUGCUCAAUACAGGAGCUGCAGAACCUGCUUAGAAAGAAGAGUGGUAAGCAAUGAGUUCCAAACAGCAACUUGUAAAACUGAACGAUGGCCACUUCAUUCCUGCAUUGGGCUUUGGCACCUACAAACCGGAAGAGGUUCCUGAAAAUAAGCCACUGGAGGCUAUCCAUUUAGCUAUAGAGGCUGGGUUCCGCCAUAUUGAUACUGCCUAUGUGUACCAAACUGAAAACCAUGUAGGGCAGGCUAUUAAAAGCAAGAUUGCAGCUGGCAUUGUGAAAAGAGAAGAUAUAUUCAUCACUACAAAGCUUUGGUGCACUUUCCAUAGACCAGAGAUGGUUCUAUCUAGCUUGGAAAAAUCAUUGAAAAACCUCCAACUGGAUUAUGUUGACCUCUAUAUUAUACAUUAUCCAAUGCAAAUGAAGCCGGGGGAAGAUAUGUUUCCAGUAGAUGAGAAUGGGAAAACAUUAUUUGACACAGUGGAUCUCUGUGCCACAUGGGAGGCCAUGGAAAAGUGUAAGGAUGCGGGAUUGGCCAAGUCCAUUGGGGUGUCCAACUUUAACCGCAGGCAGCUGGAGAAAAUUCUGAAUAAGCCGGGCCUCAAAUACAAGCCUGUGUGCAACCAGGUGGAAUGCCAUCUCUACCUGAACCAGAGCAAGCUGUUGAACUACUGUAAGUCAAGGGACAUUGUUCUAGUUGCCUACUGUGCUCUUGGAUCUCAACGACCUAAACGAUGGGUAGACCCAAGCUCCCCAGUUCUCUUGAAUGAUCCAGUUCUUUGUGAUGUGGCAAAAAAGCACCAGCGAAGCUCUGCUCAGAUUGCCCUUCGCUACCAACUUCAACGUGGAAUUGUCGUUCUUGCCCAGAGUUACAAAGAGAAUGAGAUAAAAGAGAACAUACAGGUGUUUGAAUUUGAGCUGCCUUCAGAAGAUAUGAAAAUCCUAGAUAGCCUGGACAGAAAUUUAAGAUAUGCACCUGCUCCAUUUGGCCAGGGACACCCGGAAUAUCCCUUUUCUGAUGAAUUUUAAUGUGGCGACCUGUGACCCGAUUUCUCCACACAGUCUCAAAGUCCCCAGUGCGAAUGUUAAUGGGCAUUACAUCCCAGAUGCUGCUGAGUUGACAUAUUCUGUCACUUCUGCUCAGCCCGAGCUGCCUGACCUUCAUCCAGAGCUGGGUCCACCACCCCAGAACAUAAAUCAUUACAUUUUCAACAAACUUUGAAAGAACGCUUGUUAUAAAGUUUUUUGGUCAGGA